GGGGGGGAGUGGCGGCUAGGAGGGCAGCAGAAGUAGAAGGGACGCUUCACCAUGGAAUAUGAAGUCAAGAAAGGGAAAAAGGGCCCCCUCCUAAGGCUGAUGUUCCCAAAGGCUGCCCGCCGAGCAGGAGCCGCCGUUCGGAGCAGUGUGAGCCGCCGGCCCCUGCACUCCAUGCCCCUCUAUCCCCCUGACUACCUCAUCGACCCCCAGAUUCUGCUGUGUGACUACCUGGAGAAAGAGGUCAAGUUCCUGGGCCACCUCACCUGGGUAACCUCCUCACUGAAUCCCUCCAGCCGAGAUGAGCUCCUGCAGCUGCUGGACACCGCCAGGCAGCUGAAGGAGCUGCCGCUGAAAACCACGGCGGAGCAGGACAGCAUCCUGAGCCUCUCGGCCCGCUGCCUGCUGCUCACCUGGCGCGACAACGAGGAGCUCAUCCUGCGCAUCCCCACGCACGAGAUCGCCGCUGCCUCCUACCUGCAGGACGACGCGCUGCACUUGCUGGUGCUUAAGACAGGUCUGGGCGUGGACCCGGUGCCGGCCGGUGUAGACGCCAGCCCAGGCGGGGCCGGACGCGACCCGGGCCCGCCCGGCGCCGCUCCCGAGAAGCGGCGGGUGGGCACCACAGAGCGGCGCCACACCAUCUGCAGCCUGGACUGGCGGAUGGCGUGGGGCGGGGGCGCGGGGGCCGAAGCCCGGGCCGGGGGCGGCGGCGGCAGCCUGGAGCGCCAGCGCGCCGGGGCGCGGGCGUCGGGCAGCUGGGAGCGGCGGCAGACGUUCAGCGGCAGCUGGGAGCGGCGGCACGGCGGCGGCGGCGGCGGCGGCGGCGGCAAGCCGGGGGGCAGCUGGGAGCGGAGGCAGGCGGGCGGCGGCGGCAGCUGGGAGCGGCGCCACCCGGGCUCCAACCCUCUGGACCCGCAGGACCCCAGCCCCGACGCCUACUGCAACCUCGUCAUCCUGGCUGUGGCCAACAGGGAUGCUGCCGAGGAGUCCUGUGCCCUCAUCUGUCAGGUCUUCCAGAUCAUCUACGGGGACCAGAGCAUCGAGUGCGUGGACCGGGCUGGCUACCACUACACAUCCACGCCCGAAAGGCCGUGGCUCUGCAGCCGCAGUGACAGCUGCCGAACCGACGGGACUUACGCCUAUGAUGCCGACUUCAGCUGCUGCAGCUCUUUCAAUGGCUCCCAGGACACAUUUGAAGCGUGUUACAGCGGCACAUCCACACCCUCUUUCCAUGACUCGCACUGCAGCGGCAGCGACCACAGCGCCUUGGGCCUGGAGCAAUUGCAGGAUUACAUGGUCACGUUGCGGAGUAAACUGGGCCCCCUUGAGAUCCAGCAGUUUGCCCUGCUGCUGCGGGAGUACAGGCUGGGGCUGCCCAUCCAGGACUAUUGUUCGGGCUUGUUGAAGCUCUAUGGAGACCGGCGCAAGUUCUUCCUCCUCGGGAUGCGGCCCUUCAUCCAGGACCAGGACAUUGGCUACUUCGAGGGCUUCCUGGAGGGCGUGGGCAUCCGCGAGGGCGGCAUCCUCACCGACAGCUUCGGCCGCAUCAAGCGCAGCAUGAGCUCCACGUCGGCGUCCGCGGUGCGCAGCUACGACGGCGCGGCCCAGCGGCCCGAGGAGCAGACCUUCCACCGGCUGCUGGCGGACAUCACGCACGACAUUGAGGCGCUGGCCCCCGACGACGACGACGAGGACAGCACAGACGAGGAGGCGCGGGGCUCCCCGGGCGGGAAUGAGGCAUCCGAAGACAACUACCUGUAGCCUGUGGCUGCGCCCAGGCGGAAGGCGGAGCGCGUGGCCCUGCAACCUCGCCUUGGACUCUCGCUCUGGUCUGGGGAGGUGCCCAUCCUCAGGGCCCCUCCUCACCCCACCCCCACCCCCAAAUCCGGCCUCCAUUCCCGUCUCAGAUCCUGCCCGUAGGGCUCCGGUUCCUAAAGUCCGAGGCAGUCGCUUGGGGCUCAGCUAGCCACUCUACUCUGCCCGCCCGCCCGGGAUGGGCACGUCCCCCUGGCCCCCGGGAUCCGCACCAGGACACCCCUCCUCCCUGGACUGCGCUUCUUUCUGAAGGCCUCGCUAGGGGUGAUGAGUGGGCUCCACCUUCUGGCCGACUGAGGGAAGAAUCCCCACAGCCCAGAGACCAGUUCCUCCUGCUCUACAGUUGGAGAGACUGAGGUUUAAAAGAGGGAAAGGGACUGGAGGGAAUCUCCUGAUUGGCCUGCGAUGUUAUCUCAAACCGACCAGGCCCAAUCUGUAGAGGGUAUCUUUAAGGCUCUAAAUAGCAGGGACUCCCCCACCACCACUGAAUCAGAUCAUCAGUGUGGAGUAGAGGUUUUUCUCUACUGAGAGUUGACUCGGAGGAGGGCGAUCUGGAUCCCAGUCCGAAGGCUCCAAUCAAGUUGCUUAUUCACAUCUUUGAUUUGGAGCCAGACAGACCUAGGGCUGCCCUCUCCAACCCUGCCUUUGGAUUUCUUUGGCUACCCAAGACCCCUGAGAGGGGCCGUGGUUAGGUCCCCUAGGCCCCCAUCUCCUCCCUGUCAGAUGACAUGGGCCCCACCUGCCUCAGAGGGAGGUCAUGGAGAUGAACAAAGGUCAAGACCUGAGUGCUGGGUCUGCCACAUGACAGGCACUCAAUAAAGGCUGUUCCCUUCCGCAACUAACAUGUUCUGACUCAGUUUACCUGUCUUUACCCUGUGUGCAAUGGGCUGGGAAUGAGGUGGGAAUGAGAUCUAAGAAGACCCUGAGGGAGCACAAUUUGGGAAGAGGAAAUAGGACUUGCCCGCACAGCUCCAUUGCAGCCUGGCUUCAUGCUUAAGCCAGAAAAGUACCCAAGACUCCACAGAGCCAUUUCAGUGGUCUUGGGUAGCCAAAGGAACCUAAAGGCAGGGUUGGAGAGGGCAAGAAGCAUAAAUACAGCAUGUGGCCCAGCCCAAGUACAGGCUUGGAGGCUAAAAGAAAUGAGCCCUGAAAGGAAACCAGAGACUUGCCUAGAAGAGCUAGGCAAGUUUAUCCUAUAUAAUAAAGGUGUGAAAUGCAAAUUGACCAUCACUCCCUCGCCCAAGAUGGCCGCUCCUAUGUAUGUGGUCACAAGAUGGCCGGCAGGGGAGGGCAGUUGUGGGCAAUCAGGCCAGUAGGGGAGGGCAGUUAGGGGCAACCAGAU